GCCAGGGUCCGGGGGGGUCUCAAUGGGGCAGGAAUUUGGGAUGCUCCGGGACUCCUCCAGGAGCUGGACAUUCCAGGAGGCCCUUGGGGUGGAGGGGGCUGUCCCGUGUCCCACGGGAAUCCCCCCGGGAAUCCUCACAUCCCGUUUUCCCCCUCCCAGGGCGCCCGAGGAGCCGAUGGAGGAGGAGGAGCCGAUGGCCCAGUGACAGUGGGGACUGUCCCCUGCUCCAGGACCUGCCCUUCCCUCCCGGCUCCCCCUUGGCCUCCUCAUCCUCCCUGCCCCGAACCAUGGAAGGGCCUCCUGGACUCCUGGAAGGGACAAUUCCGGCCGUGUCCUGGGCUGGGGAGUGAGGGAGGAGCAGGAGCUCCCUCCCAGCCCCGGAUUGUGCUCGUGGGGACCCCAAAGCCGGGCCCCAAAAAAACCCUUCUGGCUGAGGGGGCACAUGGAUGCAGAUCCCGGGAUCUCCCACGCCGUGGGAAGGGGUGGAUCCUUCUCCUGGGAUCUCCCUGGCAAUAGGAAGAGGUGGAUCCUUCUCCUGGGAUCUCUCUGGCAAUAGGAAGAGGUGGAUCCUUCUCCUGGGAUCCCCCUGGCCAUGGGAAGGGGUGGAUCCUUCUCCUGGGGAAGGGGUGGAUCCUUCUCCCGGGAUCUCCCUGGCCCUGGGAAGGGGUGGAUCCUUCUCCCAAGAUCUCCCUGGCCCUGGGAAGGGGUGGAUCCUUCUCCCAAGAUCUCCCUGGCCAUGGGAAAGGGUGGAUCCUUGUCCUAGGAUCUCCCUGGCAAUAGGAAGGGGUGGAUCCUUCUCCUGGGAUCUCCCUGGCCCUGGGAAGGGGUGGAUCCUUCUCCCAGGAUCCGUCCCCAGGGAAGGGCUGGCUGUUGGGAUGGGCAGUUGUGGUUCUGCUCCUGGAUCUCCUCUCCAGCCCGGGACGAGCAGGGAUGGGCUCCCUGUGUCUCCUCCAAAGAAUUCCCGGCUCUCCUUCCUCCGGAGCGUGGCAGUGCCAUGGCCACGGGCACGGGGGGGGGGCUUUGGGGACCCCGAGGACCAUCCCCUGCCCACAGGUCACCCCCGUGACCCCCCCAAAAACCUGUGGACCCCAAUUUGCACUAUGGACCUUGACGUGUGCUAAUGUGAACCUGACCUUCUCCUGCCUCUUCCCACGCGGGAAUUCCGGGAUCCGAGCCCUUCCCGGCACCCCGGAGGGACCUGGAGAGAUGGGGACCCCCGAAAUUCCAGCUCAGUUGUCUCCCAGUCACCUCCUCAGCACCCCAAAGGACCUGGAGGGAUGGGGACCCCCUGGAAUUCCAGUUGUCUCCCAGUCACCCCGGAGGACCUGGAGGGACGGGAACCCCCAGAAUUCCAGCCCAGUUGUCUCCCAGUCACCCCCCAGUACCCUGGAGGGACGGGGACCCCCGGAAUUCCAGCUCAGUUGUCUCCCAGUCACUCCCCCAGAACCCAAAGGACCUGGAGGGAUGGGGACCCCCAGAAUUCCAGUUGUCUCCCAGUCACCCCAGAGGACCUGGAGGGACGGGAACCCCCAGAAUUCCAGCCCAGUUGUCUCCCAGUCACCCCCCGCCACGGUCCCAAAAAAAUCCUGCUGGGCUCUGCUGGGGGGGCUCAGCUCCUCCAGGGAUUCCCCAAAUCCCAAAAAUCCAACCCCUGGCUCUGUCCAGGAGCUCACGGGGACAGGGGGAGACCCCCCAAAACUGAGAAUUCCAUCCCCAACUUGCCUUGUUCCCACCUCUCCCACAGCUCCAUGGGGGGCUUUCCGUGUGCCCCCGCCCGUUGUGUCCCAAGGGUUUAUCCCACCGGGAAAUGUCCCUGCUGGGUUUUUUUGGGAAGGGGAUGGGACACAAACCUGGCUGAGCUCAGGGUGGGGGGCAGGAGGAGCUCAGGAGGAGAUUUUUUUUUCGUUUUGUCCAGCGCAGGGAGGAGGAGAUUUUGUAUAAAAAA